AUGGUGGUUCAAUGGAUUGCCUCGUCCUUUUCAUUGAGCCUAACUGCGCCAAUAACCUCCUAUAUCAAUCAGGACCUUGGACCCAAGCCGUACUACUUUUGGAUGGCUACCAUUUGGCCGCUGACGUUCUCUGCUACCGUCACGAUUUGUGGACGGUUUGAGGAUAUUUUCGGCCGUCGCUAUAUUAUGAUUUUCGGUAAUAUACUCGGCAUCGUUGCCUGUAUUAUCGGUGGAACCGCGACCUCGAUUGGCGUUGUCAUCCUCGCCAUCGGCCUUAAUGGUGUUGCCAGCGCUAUCCAGCAGACUGCUAGCGCUUGCGUCAGUGAGCUUGCACCUCGAAAGUAUCGUCCUCAGGUCGCAUCUUCCGUUGUUGGUGCAGCGAUCGUUGGAGGCGCAUUCGGAAAUCCCAUCGCUAUUCAUCUCGCAACCCACCUCACGUGGCGCUGGGGAUUCUGGAUUACCCUUCUUGUCGAUGGUAUCAGUGCGCUCGCCCUCUUUUUCUUUUAUUUCCCGCCGACGUUUCAGGAGAUCCAUCGCGCAGAUCGUCGCUCGAAAUUGGAGGAAUUCAAAAAGAUCGACUAUGUGGGUGUCGUUCUCUUUGCGGGAGGAAUUACGAUCCUGUUGGUUGGUAUUAGCUGGGGUGGUGCGAGCUAUCCAUGGAAGAGUGUCGGAGUUAUUCUUCCUAUCGUUCUCGGUGGCUUAACCCUCAUUGUGUUUGGUUUCUGGGAAGUAUAUGCCCCUCUAGCCGAACCUAUCGUGCCAUACCGACUCCUGAAGAACGUCCGGGGUUUUACUAUGGUGUUGGUGGUGGAAUUUGUCGAGGGCAUGUUGCUUUACUCGUUGAUCGCUCUUUAUCCGGUGCAAAUCGAGGUGAUUUACGCCCCUACCAACUCCAACAAGGCUGGAUGGGAGUCCUCUACUGUUCUCAUGGGUCUUUACCUCGGCGUUCUUCUCCUUGGGUUCACAAUUUCCAAGAUCGGCCACGCCAGAUGGAUCUUUGUGGCUUCGGUCAUCUUGAGCACCAUCUUUAUUGGAUGUAUGGCUGCGAUGACCCUUGACUCGCUGGGAGCAGUCCUCGCACUUACCACCCUGACUGGAUUUGCCAUUGGGUUUAUUCAAAUCACUGGGACCGUGAUGAUUCUUCUCAAUUGUCCCGAUCGAGACCUCGGCGCCGCUUUUGGUCUUAACGGCACUUUCCGGACCUCAGGUGGCUCCGUGGCCACUGCUAUAUACAGUACUAUCCUCAGUAAUCGAGUGAAAGACGUCUUACCCGGCCUGGUUUCGAAGGCCACUCUACCAUUGGGUCUCCCUGUCACGAGCCUCAAACCUCUCCUGCUCGCCUUGGCCGCCGGUGGUUCCGCCAGUGCAGCUAAAAUCCCCGGAGUCACUGCAACGGUCUUAGCCGCGGCCGGUCAGGCUUACAAGGAGGCCUAUGUCAAGGGAUUUAGACUCGUGUACCUCGUCGCUAUUGCCUUUGGGGUUCUCGUCACUAUCUGUGCCCUAUUCACCAAGAACAUCGACCAUCUCCUCACCGACCAUGUGGCCGCCAAACUCCACAAAGGGGUGUUGGGCCAGCAUGAUGACGGCCACAACCACAACCACGACCACGACCACGACCACGACACCGGAGGUGUCGUUGAUCAGGAGGCUGGCCGAAAGGCGGAUCUGGAUUGA